CAGGUUGGUACUCACACGCCCGUGUAGCGCGUCGUCUGCUUUUGUUAUGAUUUGGAUCUUGAAAUCGGCAUCUCGCAAUCUUGCUGUGCAUUGUACUCCUCAGAACAGCCGUUACAACGAUACCUGUUUAGAGACUGUGACUCAAUCAAUGACACCGAGGUUUCUUCACGGCAGUCAUCUGGCAUCUAACGCAAUAAUACGAUGGCGAAGCUUUCCACAUCAAUGUGCUCCGUUCUAACCAAAAGUGCCUUGGAAAACCUAAGUCAGCGGAAGAUCCACACUGUUGUCGAUGUGUUGCUAGAAGAUCCAAAGAAACUCUCCGCAAUAUCAAAACUGGACUUUAAGGAUGUGAUCACCCUGAGACAAACUCUAGUUACUAACUACUCUCCCCUGCCUCAACAAGGCCUUGAUGCCUACAACGAUCUCAUGUCGAAAUGUUCAUUUAUUUCCUCGGGGAUUCAGACUCUCGAUGAUCUUUUAGGUGGUGGUUUUUUAACAGGAAAUGUGUAUGAGUUAUGUGGUCUAUCAGGAUCUGGUAAAACCCAGCUCUGCUUAACUGUUGCCACUAAUAUAGCCUUACGACAACAAAAGAUUGUUCAUUAUAUAGACACAAAACUUGACUUUUCUGGGAAAAGAGUUCAUUCUAUACUGGAGUCCAAAGAAUUAGAUGAAGAAGUAAUUGGUAAUACUAUGGAAAAAAUUCUUGUUACUAGAGUUAACACCUUUUCUGAGCUAUAUUCAUUUUUGUACCAUCUGAAGAAUCAAUUAGUGAGAGAGCCUGGAAGUAUUCGAAUGAUAAUUAUAGAAUCCUUGCCAGCUAUUUUUCUUCAAUAUAUGGGUAGCAAUAAAAUGGACAGUUUAGGCCUUUUAAACUCUUUAGCUAGCUUGAUGAAUUAUAUUGCUCAUGAGCAUUAUGUGUCAAUUCUAGUUGUCAAUUUGGCAAGUAAGUGGGUGGAAGAGGAAGCAGCUCCGCUAUCAGGUGAAGGGGAUGUUUCUUCACCUGUCCCACAAGUUGACAUAAAGCCAAUUUUAGGAAAGUAUUGGACUCAUAUUCCAAGUUCUAGACUUUAUAUAGAGCGCUGUGAGCAAUCAAAUGAAAGAAAAAUAUCUGUGAUAAAAAGUACGUACCUAGCGUUAGGAAAAUUCUGUAUGGUGUCUGUUACAGGUAAUGGAGUAACAUAGCGAAGACAUGUAAAGUGUGCUUUUAUGUGUGUCUAAUGUUUUCAUCAAAUGAAGUGUAUAUGAAAGGAAGUGUAUCAAAUAAAACUAAAACAGUUUAAAUGGAA